AUGGGAUUGUUGUCGACGCGACGCUCAACCCACGCCUUGGAUCCACGAUCGCUCGCAAGCUUCCAGCAGCGGCUGGAGUGGCUACGAGCGGCUCUCCAGCGUGUGCAUGCGAAUGUUAGUCGCGACGAUCUUCGAGAUGAGCAAGAACAGCUCUCGUACGAUAUUUAUGUGACGCAACUGUCGGAUUAUAUACGCUUCACGCCAUGGCACAAAUCCUAUCUCUGCUGCUUGAAUCGUUUGGAAGGUCCCCAAACAGACUUGCCACUAUAUGCGCGAUACUUGCCUACAAAAACCAAAGAGGAAAGGGCCUUCUAUUUGAAGUUUCUGCAAGCAAUUCCAAUUCAAUUGGGUGAGGUUAUAAAUCUCCUGCAGACAGGCCUUGUGGAGAAUCGGACUCCGCCGAAGGUAAGCUUGGAUGGCGUGGUACCACAGGUUCGUGGUAUGAUCAAUGGCAAUCUUGAGGCAUUCCGCGAGCCUAUCCGCAACGCUUUCCCUAAAGACGAGGCCAAGAUCUUGGAAGCAUGUCAAGCCCAAAUCGACGGAUCUGUGACACAGGCUUUUGCAGAUUUCGCUGAUUUCUUGCAGAAUGAGUACAUUCCUCAUUUAAGAGAAGACAUCAGUGCGGUGACUGGAUAUCCAGAUGGAAAGCAAUACUAUCAGGACUGCCUAGCGUUUCACACAACCACCAGUAUGACCCCGGAUGAAAUUCAUGAGCUUGGAUUGAGCGAGGUUGAGCGCGUACGUCAAGAAAUGGAAGCGAUUGCCGCCCAAGCUGGGUACGGAGGUCGACUCGAUGACUAUCUGGAACAUUUGCGAACUUCCAAAGUUUAUGAGGCAGAGUCUGGACAAGCUUUGUGUUCCUUAUUUCGAGAUAUCACUGGGAGGAUUGCCCCCGCAAUGCUCAAAUUGUUCCAUCUCGAAACGCUGCCACGUAUGCCGUUUUCGAUCGUCGAAACUCCCUCUGCUCAUGCUUCCAUGGCACCAGCUGCGUAUUACUUAGCCGGUAGCACCAAUCAAAGUGCGUCGCGUCCGGGUAUAUUCUAUGUAAAUACAUCAGAGCUUCCGACUCGUCGCACUUACGAGUGUGAAGCUUUGGCCUUACACGAAGCAAUCCCAGGACACCAUACACAAGGAUCGAUUCAAGGUGAAAGUCACAACUUGCCCGCAUUUCGUCAAAUGCAAGAAGAUCGGCGGUAUUUUGAAGCUCCCUGCCGUUUCCCCUUCUACACUGGCUAUAUAGAAGGCUGGGGUCUGCACAGUGAGACGCUCGGUGAAGAGCUCGGUCUGUACACAAAACCAGAGAGCAAAAUGGGACAGCUUUCCAUGGAGGCCCUCCGUAGUUGUCGACUGGUGGUGGACACAGGGAUGCACGCCAUGGGUUGGACGCUGGACGAGGCAUUGCAUUUUAUGCUGGAAAAUACCGCUAUGGGAAAGCAUGAUGCCGCCACGGAAGUAGCACGGUACGUCACUUGGCCCGGACAAGCCACUGCCUACAAAGUAGGGGAGCGCUAUUUGCGGAAACUGCGCACUAUGGCAGAAACAGAAUUGGCUGAGAAAUUUGAUCCGAGAGAUUUUUAUGAUGUCGUAUUGCAAGUGGGACCAGUCCCGCUGGACACUCUGGAAAAGCUUGUUAGGGAUUACAUUCAGGAAACAAGCAAUAGAACCGCUUCAUCAGGUGGGGACUUGAGCGAGGGUGAACCUGGCUUUCUGGAACAAAUGACCUUUUUCAAUUGGUGCAAAUGUUGUGUUGUCCCGGGGUCGUGUCAGUCAACAGCACGUUAGAAUAGAAUGCUUUUAUAAGAUUUAACACUAUCUAAUAUAGU